UUGUGGGUGAACUGCAACCUGCGCUCAGUGCUGGAGAAGAGCGCCCUCACCUACUACCAGGUCGUCGACGUGGCAGAGGGAGUCUCAAAGGCUCUUCAGUACCUGCACUCGGUGAAGCCUCACCCUGUGGUCCACGGAGAGCUGACCAGCACCGGUGUUCUACUGGAGGCCGACCGCGGCCCUCGCAUGAAGGCUAAACUCUGCGACUACAUGACGGCAAAGUAUUUCCACCACCUCCUGACCUCUGUUGUGGCCCCAGCCACCAGCAUGGAGGAUGUGUUUGCCCACAGCAGAGAGCACCCUUCGCAGGAGUACAAGUCUCGUGUCGUCCGUCGCUCAAGCUCUCGUUCGAGAUCAGGUUCCCCACUGGACGCAGCUGACAGACCGAUGAGAAUCAGCCAGUUCAGAAAAACAAGCACAGUGUCUGGAAUAAGUCCAUUGGACGCCGGCACAUUCUCCACACAACGCGACGUCUACCUGUUUGGGAUUCUCGUGGUCGAGAUGGCAACUCGCACGGCAGUCCUGGAGGUUUCUCUGCAGUAUCUCAUUGAGAGCAUUGCGUGGGGCCAGGUGGCUGGGCUGGUGAAGAAAUGUCUGACUCACGACGUCGACGCACGGCCCGACAUGACCGAAGUCGUUUCUCACGUCAUGCAGCUAGCAUCCUCCAAACCAUGA